AUGUCAACUAUUGAAACCCCAAUCGCUCGCGUGCCAACUGCGCUAGAUCUUCCAGAGGUCCUGGUAAUGGUGGGCGAAUUCAUUCUGCUAUGGGACGUUAGCUACUUAGGGCAAGCUGCCUUUCGGCACCAGAAUCUUCUCCCUUGCCUCUCUGUCUCAAGACAUUUUCGAAGAUCACUCUUGCCAGUAUUUUGGCGCACCGUCGACGGGUAUGCCAUGCGUAAUGUUCCCGAAGGCGUCUUACGCGAGUACGCCGAAUUCGCGAGAGUCCUCCGGAACCCUCUCCGGCGAGAAGACAUUCGCCGCAUGGCACCCCUCUAUACUACAGCCAUCAACAUUCAAACAACGCACGAUCUAGAAGGGCACGCGAGGAGAUUGAUUAGGCGAAACCCGCGCCUGCAAGAGCUCGAUUUGUCCUUGUGGAGACCUGAAGCGGAAGAUGUAACAUUAUUCAGCCAUCUUGGGCAAUUAAGUACUCUUCGUCUAGCAACAAACGGACAAGGCGUUAUCGCCACAGACCCCGAGUUCCUCUCCAGGGCACUGGCGUCGAUCAGUCGCACCCUUGUAUCGCUACAAAUGCAAGCAAAGGUGUUCCUGCAUGCGUGCAGAGGACAUUUAUUCCUACCUGAGCUCAAAGUGUUGCGUCUAGACGGUACCGCGUCGGGCCAAGUAUUUGAUUCCCUGCCGGAGAUGUGCCCUGUUCUCGAAACACUUGAUGUGACCACGGAUACUAAUGAGUCCGGAGAAAGGUUAGAAGCCCUAUUCCGGUCUGGACACUGUCCUAAACUUGUUAAUUGGACUACGCCUGGACAAGGGAAUAAUGAGCAGUUAGCACGACUCAUCCGCUCUCACAGACAAGGAUUCCAAGAACUGGAUAUCAGAAUAGAAGAGGGGUCGGACGAUGUAAAGAACGCUGUCAAACAACACGGUAACACUCUCAGGAAACUCCAGAUCUGCAGUGAGGCGGAUCCAGAGAUUACAUUAGCUUUUCUGAUUGACAUUCUGCAAUCCUGCCGUCAACUGCAAUCGUUUGAGUUUGAAAACAUCCACGGGGGCGGGGUAAGCUCCUUUGACGUGAACGCGUUAUUGAAUCCUAUGAAUUGGAGCAGCCCCGCCACAUUGGAGAACCUGGCUUUCACGGGCCCUGCCUUGAAAUUAAAUGAUCUAUCGCUAGAAAGUGAUGAAUGGCAAUCAAUGGACGAGUCGUUCCACAACUGGAGGCUGAUAAACCCCUCAUGGCAAAUGGAAUCUAGUCAACAGCAGAAGAGAGAAUUUUUGAAAGGACUGUUCGGGCGCGCAGGCGGUUUCCAACAUCUUAGGACUAUCACCUUGAAUGGAGUUAUUUACUGGAGAGAGUUCUAG